CUCGCGUCACCACGCCCCCGCCCCGCCCCCUGUCCUAUAAAUUCAGGCUGCAGCCACCCCCGGCGCUCUCUGCUCCUCCCCGUUCGACAGACAGCCGCAUCUCUCGUGAGUGCCAGCCGAGUCUCUGAGACACGAUGGUGAAGGUCGGAGUGAACGGAUUUGGCCGUAUCGGGCGCCUGGUCACCAGGGCUGCUUUUCACUCUGGCAAAGUGGACAUUGUUGCCAUCAACGACCCUUUCAUUGACCUCAACUACAUGGUCUACAUGUUCCAGUAUGAUUCCACCCAUGGCAAGUUCCAUGGCACCGUCAAGGCUGAGAACGGGAAGCUUGUCAUCAAUGGAAAGUCUAUUACCAUCUUCCAGGAGCGAGAUCCCGCCAACAUCAAAUGGGGUGACGCUGGUGCUGAGUACGUUGUGGAGUCCACCGGUGUCUUCACUACCAUGGAGAAGGCUGGGGCUCACUUGAAGGGUGGAGCCAAGAGGGUCAUCAUCUCUGCCCCUUCUGCUGAUGCCCCCAUGUUUGUGAUGGGCGUGAACCACGAGAAGUAUGACAAGUCCCUCAAGAUUGUCAGCAACGCCUCCUGCACCACCAACUGCUUGGCCCCCCUGGCCAAGGUCAUCCAUGACCACUUUGGCAUCGUGGAGGGACUUAUGACCACAGUCCACGCCAUCACUGCCACCCAGAAGACUGUGGAUGGCCCCUCUGGGAAGAUGUGGCGUGAUGGCCGAGGGGCCGCCCAGAACAUCAUCCCUGCUUCUACCGGCGCCGCCAAGGCUGUGGGCAAGGUCAUCCCGGAGCUGAAUGGGAAGCUAACUGGCAUGGCCUUCCGUGUCCCCACCCCCAACGUGUCUGUUGUGGAUCUGACGUGCCGCCUGGAGAAACCUGCCAAAUAUGACGACAUCAAGAAGGUAGUGAAGCAGGCAUCGGAGGGCGCCCUCAAGGGCAUCCUGGGCUACACGGAGGACCAGGUUGUCUCCUGCGACUUCAAUAGUGACACUCACUCUUCCACUUUUGAUGCUGGGGCUGGCAUUGCCCUCAACGACCACUUUGUCAAGCUCAUUUCCUGGUACGACAACGAAUUUGGCUACAGCAACAGGGUGGUGGACCUCAUGGUCCACAUGGCCUCUAAGGAGUAAGAGCCCCUGGACCACCAGCCCCAGCAAGAGCACACGAGGAAGAGAGAGGCCCUCAGCUGCUGGGGACAGCAGCAACUCGAUCCCCCAACACACUUGAGAAUCUGACCUCCACACAGUUUCCAUCCCAGACCCCCUGAAGAAGGGGAGGGGCUUAGGGAGCCCUGCCUUGUCAUGCACCAUCAAUAAAGUACACUCAACCCAG